UCCGCCGCCGCGCGCUGCCCCGUGCGCUCCGCCACCUUCGGCAAUUUCCGUCGGGCCCUGGCCGCCAUUUUCUCGCCGCUUGUGUGGCUCGCUGGCUGCGUGGCUCGGUUCUUAGGAGCGAAGCUUUGUCCGGUUCGGCAAUGGACGGAAUUGUCACUGAGGUUGCUGUUGGUGUGAAGAGAGGAUCUGACGAGCUACUCUCAGGCAGUGUUCUCAGUAGUCCCAACUCUAAUAUGAGUGGCAUGGUAGUUACAGCCAACGGUAAUGAUAGUAAGAAAUUUAAAGGAGAAGAUAAAAUGGAUGGGGCGCCCUCUCGUGUACUUCAUAUUCGAAAGUUACCUGGUGAAGUGACUGAAACAGAAGUUAUUGCUUUAGGUUUACCUUUUGGUAAGGUAACUAACAUCCUUAUGCUGAAAGGAAAAAACCAGGCGUUUUUGGAACUGGCAACAGAAGAAGCAGCUAUUACUAUGGUUAAUUACUAUUCUGCUGUGACACCUCAUCUUCGUAACCAACCGAUUUAUAUCCAGUACUCCAAUCACAAGGAACUAAAGACAGACAAUACAUUAAACCAACGUGCUCAAGUAGUUCUUCAAGCUGUGACAGCUGUCCAGACAGCAAAUACACCUCUCAGUGGUACCACAGUCAGUGAGAGUGCAGUGACUCCAGCCCAGAGUCCAGUACUUAGAAUAAUUAUUGACAAUAUGUACUACCCUGUAACACUUGAUGUCCUUCACCAAAUAUUUUCUAAGUUUGGUGCUGUAUUGAAGAUAAUCACAUUUACGAAAAAUAACCAGUUUCAGGCUUUGCUCCAGUAUGGCGAUCCAGUAAAUGCUCAGCAAGCAAAACUAGCCCUAGAUGGUCAAAAUAUUUAUAAUGCUUGCUGUACCCUAAGGAUUGAUUUUUCCAAACUUGUGAAUUUGAAUGUAAAAUACAACAAUGAUAAAAGUAGGGAUUAUACCCGACCUGAUCUUCCAUCCGGAGAUGGCCAGCCUGCAUUAGACCCAGCUAUUGCUGCAGCAUUUGCCAAGGAGACAUCGCUUUUAGGGCUUCCUGUUGCAGCUGUUCCAGGAGCUCUCAGUCCUUUGGCUAUUCCAAAUGCUGCUGCUGCAGCUGCUGCAGCUGCUGCUGGCCGAGUGGGCAUGCCUGGAGUCUCAGCUGCUGGCAAUACAGUCCUGUUGGUUAGCAAUUUAAAUGAAGAGAUGGUUACGCCCCAAAGUCUGUUUACCCUCUUCGGUGUUUAUGGUGAUGUGCAGCGCGUGAAGAUUUUGUACAAUAAAAAAGACAGUGCUCUGAUACAGAUGGCAGAUGGGAACCAGUCACAGCUCGCCAUGAAUCAUCUUAAUGGGCAGAAAAUGUAUGGAAAAAUUAUUCGCGUUACUCUCUCUAAACAUCAGACUGUGCAACUACCUCGAGAGGGACUUGAUGAUCAAGGGCUAACGAAAGAUUUUGGUAAUUCCCCAUUGCACCGUUUUAAAAAACCCGGAUCCAAAAACUUUCAAAACAUUUUUCCUCCUUCUGCCACCCUUCACCUGUCUAAUAUCCCUCCUUCUGUGGCAGAAGAGGAUCUGCGAACUCUAUUUGCUAACACCGGGGGCACUGUGAAAGCAUUUAAGUUUUUUCAAAGAGAUCACAAAAUGGCUCUUCUUCAGAUGGCAACAGUGGAGGAAGCUAUUCAGGCUUUGAUUGAUCUUCAUAAUUAUAACCUUGGUGAAAACCAUCAUCUGAGAGUGUCUUUCUCCAAGUCAACAAUUUAAGGAAGGGAAGAUGAAGAUUAUGGGCAAAUCACAUUGUUUGGUGUCAUCACCUAUUGACUGUUCAGAAAAGUGGGGACCAGAGUUUGAUUUUUUUUCAUGCUGUUAUCAUUCCUUGGUUAUAAAAUGAAAUGGCAUAUGUAAAGGCAGAGUUAUUAACUGCUGUGUUUCAUCUGUUCUAUAGGGAAGCCAUUUUUAUUGUCUGUUUAAAUUUUUAGUUUAAUUUUGCUUUUUUUCUUUUUCUUUUUCUUUUUCUUUUUUUUUUUCCAACUUAGUUGACAUACGUGCCUUACAAAGGAAAACUAGUGUUGCUGUUGUGCAUUUACUAGGAAAAAGGAAUUGGUUGUUUAGGGCACAUCGUUAUAUGGAAUUAAAAUAUGUUUAGGCAGGGGUGUGUCAAAAGGUUAAGUUUUUGUUUCUCCUGCUUGGAAUUUCUUUUGAAUUAUUGGCUUAUCACAUUUCUUUCUAUUUAAUCUAAUAAGAUACUUGAUACUGAAAGAAUAAAACAGCAUUUUUAGUUUCUACUAUCUUAGGCUUUAUUGCUUUUGAAAACAUUGGCCUUUUGUAUCUCACAAAUCUGGUCUAGAUUCAGUUAUGAAUGUAGGCAUUAGUUAAAAUUAACAAGAUGCAGAGUAUUAAUUUCUUAAGACAACAAGUGAUUUCUGUAAGUUUGAGCCCUAUGUGGAAAGCAUUGUGGAACCUUAACCUUUUUGUACACACUCUUGUGGGACGUAUCAUAUAAAUGUCAG